CGCCGCCGCCCGCCGCCUGGGCGCCCCCUCGGAUGCAGAGCAGAGCGGCGGCCGCCUCUCGGGCUGGGCGCUGAGGAUGUCUGGGAAAGUUCUCCUGACCUGCCUGCUCUUCUGUCCAGCCUUCCAGAUCAGGGCAGAGAGUGCGGAGGAAUAUGACUAUGAUUACCUCAGCACGAACAAGACGUGGGUCCUGACCCCCAAAGCCCAGGAGACGGACGCCACCCACAUCCUCAAUGCCCUGCUCCAGAACUACGACAACAAACUGAGGCCAGACAUUGGCAUGGGACUUCCCUGGUGGCACGGAGUCAGGAUGCCAGCCUUUGAGAACAGCAGCAAGGACAAAGGUUCACUCCAAGGGGGCAAAUGUAGCCCUGAGCUAGGAGCCCCUCCAGGGGAAUACACCAUCGACAUCUUCUUUGCGCAGACGUGGUACGACCGGCGCCUUCGCUUUAACAGCACCCUCAAAGCGCUGACCCUCAACACCAACAUGGUGAGCCGGAUCUGGAUCCCCGACACCUUCUUCCGGAACUCCAAGAGGGCCGACUCCCACUGGAUCACCACCCCCAACCAGCUGCUCCGCAUCUGGAAUGACGGGAAGGUGCUCUACACGCUCAGGCUGACCAUUGAGGCUGAAUGUCUGCUUCAGCUGCAGAACUUCCCGAUGGACACCCACUCCUGCCCCCUGGUUUUCUCGAGUUAUGGCUACCCACGUGAGGAAAUCAUCUACCGCUGGAGGAGGUACUCCAUUGAAGUCUCUGACCAGCGCACCUGGAGACUGUACCAGUUUGACUUCACGGGGCUGAGGAAUACGUCUGAGGUGCUCAGGACGGGCGCUGGAGAGUACAUGGUCAUGACGGUGUCCUUUGACCUGAGCAGAAGGAUGGGUUACUUUGCCAUUCAGACGUACAUCCCCUGCAUCCUGACGGUUGUCCUGUCCUGGGUCUCCUUCUGGAUCAAGAGGGACUCCACGCCAGCCAGGACAUCUCUGGGGAUCACCACCGUGCUCACCAUGACCACCCUGAGCACCAUCUCCCGCAAGCACCUGCCCCGGGUGUCAUACAUCACAGCCAUGGACCUGUUUGUCUCGGUGUGCUUCAUCUUCGUCUUUGCCGCCCUGAUGGAGUAUGCCACACUCAACUACCUGGUAGGAAACAAGAAGCCAACAGAGCACAGCAGCCGGAGACCCAGGCUGCCAGCGGCUCACGCCCACCUGGUGCCCUCCUACACCACCAUCAACAUCAACAGCUUGGUGCACUGGCCUCCUGAGGUCGACGAUGAGGAGAGCGAAGACCUGGGCUCCCCUUGUGCAGAAGGGAAGGAGUGCCAGCAGUUCUUUUGCUGCAUUGAGGACUGUCAAACAGGGACUUGGAGGGAGGGCCGGAUCCGCAUCCACAUUUCCCGCCUGGACUCCUAUUCCCGGGUUUUCUUUCCCACUGCCUUCCUCCUCUUCAACAUCGUGUACUGGAUCGCCUAUCUUUAUCUCUAGUUCCCUCCAAUAAAGAUUUGCAAAAAAGGGGA